UUCGUGUCUUUGCCUGGCAUUUCCCGUGUCCGUUGGAGCUGUAGUUGGAAGUGAAAAGAGUGGCUGUAAACAUUUGAAGUGCUUUCUUGGACCAAACUGAGACACUGCAAUGCAGAGGAGAGAAAUGGAAGAUCCAGUCGCUGACAGCAGUGCAGAUGAUACUGAGGAGAGCACAGCAGCCUCUGAAAAGACCAACAGCCCUAAAGAACCAGAAUCACAGCCGGACAGCUCACCAGCUCUCAACGCCCAAACGGGUGAAGGCUUGGCUGAGGCUGGAGCUCUUAAUGUAUCCUGUGACAUGGCUGAGGAGCUGUGCAGACAGCUGGAGGACAUCCUCAGCACAUACUGCCAUGAGGACGGAGGGGUUGGUGGUGAGGAUGCAGGUGUGGAAGUUAACGGGCUGUCUGAGAAGGAGGAUGGCAAGCAGGAGGAGGCCAAACUGAACAGUAACGAAUGCAUGGAGAAGGACCAGAAGAAACUGCAGGAGAAGAAGAAAGUGAAGGGACUUGGCAAGGAGAUAACUCUCCUUAUGCAGACCCUAAACAUACUGAGCACUCCAGAGGAGAAACUGGCUGGCCUUUGUAAGAAGUAUGCUGAGCUGCUAGAGGAGCAUCGUAAUGCUCGGAAACAGAUGCGAGCUCUGCAGAAGAAGCAGACACAGCUGAUUCAGGAGAAGGACCACUUACGAAAUGAACACAGCAAGGCCAUCCUGGCUCGCACCAAGCUGGAGAGCCUCUGCAGAGAACUGCAGAGACAUAACCGCACACUCAAGGAGGAUGGUGUGCAACGUGCCCGAUUAGAAGAAGAGAAAAGAAAGGAAGUGACCUCACAUUUCCAGGUGACACUGAAUGACAUCCAGGCUCAGAUGGAGCAGCACAAUGAGCGUAAUGCAAACCUGAGACAGGAGAACAUGGAGCUGGCUGACAAACUCAAGAAGCUCAUCGAGCAGUACGAACUCAGAGAGGAGGUGAGAAUACAGAGAAUGACCAGAUAUAUGAGUGGGAGCUUAAGGAUUUAUGCUGAUCUAUGCUUGCGUUUUCUCUUGCAGCAUAUUGACAAGGUGUUCAAGCACAAAGAUCUGCAACAGCAGCUGGUAGAUGCAAAGCUUCUUCAAGCACAGGUGCUGCACAAAGACUCAGAGGACCGGCACCAGAAGGAGAAAGAAUUUCUCUUGAAAGAGGUAGCGGAGUCUCAGAGGAUGUAUGAACUCAUGAAACAGCAGGAAGUCCAUCUGAAACAACAGUUGUCAUUGUAUACUGAGAAGUUUGAGGAAUUUCAAAACACACUUUCCAAAAGCAACGAGGUGUUCACAACAUUCAAACAGGAGAUGGAAAAGAUGACAAAGAAGAUCAAGAAGCUGGAGAAGGAAACAACCAUGUAUAGAUCACGAUGGGAGAGCAGCAACAAAGCCCUGCUGGAGAUGGCAGAAGAGAAAACACUUCGAGACAAGGAGUUUGAAAGUCUGCAGGUGAAGGUGCAGCGACUGGAAAAGCUCUGUCGGGCUUUACAAAUUGAGCGUAAUGAGCUUAGUAAGAAGGUUCAGGGGGUCUCUAGCCCAGAGGGGCCAACAGGCACAGAGACCAGGCCAGAAUCCGAGGCAGGGUCACAACAAGAGGCCAUAGACUCAGAGGAGGGCAGCCCUGUCCAUCAGAACAACCUAGAGCCAGAGACUUGUAGCCAGGCAUGCCACUGUGCUCCAGAUCUGGAGGCCGACACUCACAGAGAGGUUUGCUCAGCCCAGGAUUGAGUCUUGAUCUCUCUCUGGGGGGCCAGGACACACACAAUCCUUCCCACCUCCUGUACCGGACCCUGACCCUCCAUCGGCAGUCAGUCUCAGAGUCAUUUUGUCUACGUCUAGACAACACAUCUCUGGAGGAUCUAAUCCAUAGGAAAUGCUGACUUGUCUCCUCGGGGGGGGGGGGUCAUUUUGUCAGGGAAGAUUGUGCCUUCAACAUGAUUCCUAUGCUGCGUUUUUACUCUCUUUAUGUGGCUUGCUUUGUCAUCCCAUCCUAUCCCCCCCCCCCCCCCAAAAAUCAUAUUUGUGUUAAGAGGGGCAGGGAAUGUUGCUGCUGUCUUGGAAUGCUCUGUGCUUGUCCACUAAAUGCUUGUCUAGGGAUGAUUGUUACCCUGUCUUCAGUUUGGCUGAAAAAUGUAUUAAUGGACAGAUAGAAUUGUAACAGAAAAAUAUAUAUAUAAUUUUUGUAAUGAAAGAGCUGAUGUAGUCUGACAUGCAUUUUGGAGUGUUUUUAUUUUAUUUUCUCUCAAAUAAUUGGUUACAGGUCAAAUCUGUAUUUACACCUCGCAGCUACUUUCGUUUUGGUUUAAUUUCUUAGAAAAUCCUGCAUAUCGUUGUUUGCACCAAACAAAGAAUGUAUGAUUUACUUUUCAUCUUCACUGCUCAGAAUUUAUCAUUGUAGGUAUACAGGUAAUGCUAACAUUUUUAUUUAUUUUUUAUUUAUUUUUUUUUAGUUUAUGGGUCUUCCAAUCGGAACACAGAUUUCGCUAUGCUUGUGCACAUCACUUCACAUGUAUCAUUUAACAUGGUUACAUAAUCUUUAAACGUCACUAAAAUUCAGACUUGUUUUUUUUUUUUUUUACAUCAGUUUAUAUAGCCAGUAUUGCAGAUA